AUGGAACCGUUGCGAUGGUACAACAAGCAGCUCGCUGAGGACUUCAACCGUCGUAGCGUCCCUGCCAAUAGUGAUAAAGCCAAGCUCCACCGCGUGAACCUCGGUGAUCGGAUCCGAGCUCCCAUCACCAACUUCGACGAAGUCUGGUCAUUUGCUUUCCUCGACAGUUGCCCAUACCACACCAUCAAAAUACAUUAUCGGCCACGCGAUGUUCUGAAGAAUGACUUCGACAUCAACGUCGACCCUGAGCAACAUGAAUCUCGAGCAACGUCAUCAAGGCGGAUAGCCAAACGUCCCAAACGCUCGCCCACUCAUGUUCGUGCCGGCUCGUCACCGCCGCACGCCAGGAUGGAGGAAUUCAUAUAUUCACACAUGCCGCACGUGACUGUGCUAGCGCGUCCAUCACAGGACAUUAAAGCAGCAUCGCAAGUCAGGACAGAGCAACCGACGUCUUUAAACAAGGCGAACGCGACCUCGGCGGUAGUAGCGGUGGCACCCAUCGACGAAUAUCUCCCCUCCAUUGCACGUCAAUGGGACCUACCCGACGUGUCUGCCGCGAUGGCACCCGCAGCUCCACAAGAGUCAGACGUGAGCGGAUGGAGUUUUUGCCAAGAGCCAGCAACUUCGAACGCGUCGAACAUGAUGGCACCUGUGCUUCUACAAGAGCCAGGCCCAAGCAGACGUAGCCCCAGCCAACAGCCAGCACCUUCGCAGUCGUCGAGCACGACGGUACCUGCGCCCCCACAAGAGCCAGCUGCAAACAGACGUAGCCCCAGUCCACAGCCAGCAACUUCGCAUGCGUCGAGCGCGACGGCUUCUGCUGCUCCCCAAGAGCCAGGUGCAAGCAGGCGUAGCCCCAGCACACAGCCAGCAACCUCGCAUGCAUCAAGCGCGGUGGUAUCUGCGUCUCCACAAGAGCCAGAUGUAAGCAGACGUAGCCCCAGCCCACAGCCAGCAACUUCGCAUGCGUCAAGCGUGACGAGCGCGACAGCAGCUGCGCCUCCACAAGAGCCAGAUAUGAGCAGACGCAGCCCCAGCCCACAGCCAGCAACUUCGCAUGCGCCGAGCGCGAUGACUUUUGUUGCUCCCCAAGAGCUUGGCGCAAGCAGAUCUGGCCUUUCGCAUGCGACGAGCGCGGAGGUAUCUGCAUCCCUACAAGCGCCAGAUACGAGCAGACGCAGUCCUAGCCAGCAACCGGCAACUUCGCAUGCGCCGAGCACGACGGCAGCUGCGCCUCCACAAGAGCCAGGUGCAAGCAGACGUAGCCUCAGCCCACAACCAGCAGCUUCGCAUGCGUCGGUCGUGACGGCACCUGUGCCUUCACAAGAACUAGAUGCAAGCAGACAUGGCCCCAGCCCACAGCCAGCGGCUUCGCAUACGUCGAGCGCGGUGGUAUCUGUUUCUCCACAAGAGCCAGAUGUAAGCAGGCGUAGCCCCAACCAACAGCCAGCAACUUCGCAUGCGUCGAGCGCGGUGAUAUCUGCGCCUCCACAAGAUCCAGAUGCAGGCAGACUAUCUCACCGAGCAGCGCGGCGCCGACGAACAAAGCGUCCAGAAGAGCAAGCAGCUGCGGUGCAACAGUCACGACAGGCGAGCCCUAGCACGGGUACCGCAACUUCCCGUGCAUCUAGCUCGAGAGCAGCCGGUCGUCGCAGAGUCAAAUCGAGGCAAGCGAACCCCGUUCAUACAGUUCCGAGCACUGCUGCACCCAGCGCCACAAGUUCGAGGCAAGCGAGCUCUAGCACCGGUCACGCAGCGCAAGGUAUAGCCAGCACGAGCGCGGCUGGUCGUAACAGUGCUCAACCAAGGCAGGCGAGCCCUGUUCUCGCAGGUCCGAGCACUGCUGCUCCCAACGUCGCGAGUUCGAGCCAAGCGAGUCCCGUUGCCCCAGGUCCCUCCCAAGCCGCUCCGAAUCCAACGGCACACAACAAUGCAGAUGGGAACAUUCGGAGACCCAAGCGCAAAAGGACCGUUCCCCUCCAUGUCAGGGUUCCUUCGUACAUGUUGAGGCCCGGCCACGUGCUUGAUGCCGAGGACACUCGGGAAAUCAUCGAGCUGGCAAAAAAAGUCUGUGACAUAAAAGAUGACCCGUUCGAACGCUUCCGGGGGGACCCCGCUGGCCUACGCAAGUUCCUGAAGGAGGAGAACAGGCGAGAGAGGGAGGAGAUCCGGACUGAGGAAAGGGAGCGCAGCAGAAAGCUGCGGAAUCUCGAGCGGAGAGUAAACUUUGCGCGGAGGCAGGUCAACGCGAUGAUUCGCCCCCGCCCGCCCCGUCCCGAAAUGGAUGGCCCCGUCAUUGUUGCUAUUAAUCCCUAGAUAGAUUGAUGCGCGUGGUAGUUUUGAUGUGUGUUGUGUGAUGUCUUUGUUGCUUCGGUGCUUGGGAUUUGUCGUGUGUGCCGCGUGUAUUAGUAGGUAGUUCUUUGUGCCCGUGUGUGAUGUGCGAGAUUUUGUGUUAGUAGUUUGUACUUAGUAGUAGUACUGGGAGGAACUCGAAGUUCGCGGCUACUAGUGGCUCGCUGACGUUGCUUUUCGCUUGCCUUGUAUAACAAGGGGACAAUGAACG